CGCGCUCGUAGAAUGACGCAGUAGGUGGAUAGCAGCGCGCGCGCGGAGCGCGAUGAGAAGACACGGUGUUUCGCGGUGAAAAGUGUAGAUAAAAUUAAUUUGGGUAUAAAAAAUGUCUGCGGAAUCACCGAGGCGAGGUGUGCAUAAAGGAGCUCAAAUUGUCUCACCUCAACCUAUAGUGGAUCGAUCUAUCAUCGAUAGCGUCGCCGGAAUUAUCAAUGACAUAGUACCACAGGGAUACGCCGGGGUAUCCAACUCCGAUAAUAGGGAAACCAUAUCAUGGGCGCGAUUUGAGUAUGCGGAUAUAAACGAUCCCGCUUUGUAUCCCGACUACAAUGAGGGUUCCAGUACACCACCGUUGUUAUUGGUGCUAGGAUACGCAGUUGGUGUUCAGGUGUGGCUAAUAGCGGCGACAGGAGAGGCGACGGAAGUCCUGUCAUGGCGCCAAGGCGUGGUACGCACCCUUCGAAUUCUGCCAAAUCCAAAGACUGACGACGAGCACGUCGACGAAUUCGAAGCGAAACGGCCGAUGGUAGCGAUCUGCUCCGAGCUGGAUUCGACUCUUCCGGGACCAAAAUUCUGCGACGUUAACUUCAUCUCGCUGAAGACCGGCGAACCGGUGCACAGUGUGGCGUUCAAGAAUCCCGUCUGCGACGUGCUGGCGAACAGGCGGUCCGUGGUUGUAACGUUAUUAGAAAAAAUUGCGGUCUUUGAUGCCAGAACGUUGCAAAAUAAUAUAACAAUCACUACCUGCUACGCCAGCCCUGGCCCGAAUCCAAACCCCGUUGCUUUGGGUACACGAUGGCUCGCUUACAGCGAGAAGAAAUUAAUACCCGUGAGAAGAAGCAGCGGCGGUUGCGAAGGGGAGGGCGUUCAGAGUUACACGGCGACAGUUUUAUACGCCGCAAAGUCUCUCGGCAAAGGUCUCCGCGGGCUAGGAGAGACGGUAGCUUCGAGCCUGACCGGAAAUUCGGUGUCGCCGAUGGUUGCCAAUAACACGGGCAAUGACGUAACGCAACCGGGCGUCGUUACAAUAUUAGAUCUUCAGGUCGCGAGGGACGAGAAGGAGUUGGACGACGCGAACGCGGAGGCUGUGAUCGCACACUUUACCGCUCAUAGCGACGCGAUCGUCGCGAUGACUUUCGACCUGACCGGUGCGCUGCUAAUGACAGCGGACAAAAGGGGACACGACUUUCACGUAUUCAAGAUCCAACCGCAUCCCGGCGGACCAACACUGGCAGCGGUGCAUCACCUAUACAUCUUACAUCGUGGCGAUACCACCGCGAAAGUGCAGGAUAUGGUGUUCUCGAGCGAUACUCGCUGGGCGGCGGUUUCAACUGUAAGAGGCACCACGCACGUUUUUCCCGUUGCUCCUUACGGCGGUCCCGUUGGCGUCAGGACGCAUUCUACGCCUCAUGUCGUCAACAGGCUGUCGAGAUUUCAUAGGAGCGCGGGUUUAACGGAUGACAGUACCCGGUCGCACUCACCCGUGUCCCACGCGGAGCUUCCGCUGUCCGUGUAUCCAUACUCGAAUCCGAGACUUCCACCAUAUCCUCAUCCGACGAUACUGCAUCCUCUUUCACAGAUUCGGCAGCCGUCAUCUUUGAAUCAGGUCAACAGCUCGUCGCAGCCGAGCAGACCGCAACAAAGGCAGCGGUUGCACUCUGACGAUAACGGCACGUUACCGUUAAAGAUCUGCGCGUGCUUCGCUCCGCCGAGGGCCUGGAUGUACGCACAGAGGGAAUCCAGUAGCAAGGUUGUUAAAAGGGCGGUUGAUUCCUUGUUCAUCAUGGCGUGUCACGGAAACAUGAUACAGUACGAUCUGGAACCGAAAGCAGCUGCCGGAGUGCCAAAGGAAAAGGUCUGCGACGACACGAUGAUCGAAUUGGAAGUGGAAGCGAAGGGCCAGUGGCCGCUCUGCAGGUCGCCCAAUUCUACGGAACUCGCUCCGCCGUUGCCGCUGUCCAAUCCGUUGCUCAAUGUUUCGUUUGCACCGAAGAACAACCAGGAACUCGAUACAGCCGAGGAUCGUUGGCUGAGUCAAGUGGAGAUCGUGACUCACGCUGGACCGCAUAGGCGAUUGUGGAUGGGGCCGCAAUUUGUUUUCAAGACCUACAACGCGCCCAGCGGUGUCGCUGUUAACCUGGUAGAAGCGGAGGCAGUCGAGAUCGGCGUCACUGGAUCGCGUCCAGCGAGAUCGAAGCCCGUUAACAUGCCGCAUGCAGCGUCCAGACCCUUGAUGCCAGUCGUCAUCGACGGAUCAGGAAGCAGUUACGAGCAAUCGCCGAGAUUCAUGGAGGCUUACGGCGACCCAUUGGAGAGCGAGAACGCAGCCGUAGGCAGUUGUGAGAGUCAACUGAGAGAGGAUCUCGCGGAGGCCAUGCUCGAAAUAUCCAUCGCGUCGCAUCGUGCUCCAGGGAGGCGUACGGUAGUUGAGAGGGUGGGGCAGCCGGUAACUAAAGUCGUCAACCCUCACACCGGCACCGUGAUUACCGUGUCGGCCGACGAGGAUGAGGACACUAUUAGCGGCGACUCCGCACAGGACUCCGCCGCGGAGGAGAUCCACGCACCUAGAAGCGUGUGCGCGGAGGAGGGUCCGGCCUCGCUCGGUGGCGCGGCCGACCUCGCGGACGUGGAGCCGGCGAGCCGCGCGCUGAGCCGCGAGCAUACCGAGAUCUGCGCGGAGAUGCGCACCGCGUGCGAGCCAGCGAUCGACAGCGUGCCCGACGAGAACAUACGCGAGCUGCAGGAGCGCCGCGCUCUGUGCGCGGAGAUGGCGACUACGACGACCGCGUCGAUCGACUACGAGAGGGAGGAGGCGUUCCGCGACGUGCCGACGAGCCUCAGCCUCUGCGCCGAGCCGGGCGAGAUCCCGAGCAGUCCGAUGACGCAGGCGAAGGAGACGCUGUGGUGCGGCAAGAGCAAGGGCGCUGACAAGCGCGGCGACGAUUAUCACAGCGAGGUGCACGAGAGGCACCUCGCCAAGGCCAAGUACUUCGUCAGCUACGACGAUGACAGCGUCACGUUGAUGGAGAACAAGACGAUGCGAAGCGAUGGAGACACCGCCGAAACUCCUGCGCCGCACACGAGCGCCGACGAGAAACUUAAGAAAUUGAAGAAGCGAUCCAUCGCCGAUUCCGAGAAAGCGUCGUCGAGAGGAUCCUCGUCGGAUUUGCCAAAGCGUCCGGUUGAACAGCGAAUGGCAACGAGCGCGGAGAAAUACCGUAUUAAAGAGGAUGAUUACGCGAGGAAAGUGUACGAUGCGUGUACGAUUAAUAUUAUCGACAAUAUUAUUGGAAAGAAAUCUGAAGCGACCAAGACGCGCAAAGGCGGCGAAUCGAAGAGUCGCACUCCGUCCGACGAGAAAGAGUUGAAGUACGCGAAAGAGAAAUUGUUGGUUAAACCGCACGUUCGGGGGAUACCUAUCGACGUCGUCCACAAGGAAGAGACGUCGAAAGCGACAAAAGCGGGAUCACCAGCCGACUGUCACGACGACGACGACGACGACGACGACGAUGGAUUGCCACCUCUAGAUCCACCGCCGUUGGAUCCGCCGCCGCUGGAUGACUUCCGCUCUAUCGGAUAUCACGCGGAGGAGCCGUGCAACCUCGGCAAGGACACCGCGUCCACGCAAUCCGACGACGAUCUGGAGCACAUUCACGCGUCCGACGUGAUGCAGUCGAUGCGUUCGAGGAUCGAAAACGCGGGCGGCGGGUGCGAGGACGCGACGGCGACGACCGGCGGCGGCGGCGUGACGCAGCGGAAGAGCAGCAAAAGCACAAUCUCGGACGACGAUCUGGAGUACAUACAGAGCUCCGAGCUCGGCGCUCUAGACUCCGCGAGCUUCGCCAGGAGAGCGAGCAGCGACAGUCGCACUCGCAGAAGACACAGCAGGCACACAUUGUCCUCCGACGACGAUCUGGAGCAUGUGCAGCACUCCGAGAUCCACGAGUUGGAGCUCGACGCGUCCACGAGGUUUGCGCAGGAAGCGUCAUUGACGACGAUGAUAACGGAGCAGUUGGCCAAGUCCAAAUCGGAAGGCAAGAGGCGGAAGGAUAUCAUGGUGAUUGAGAAGAGCGACGCGGAGGCUACCGCCGAAGUCACCGUGAUAUACAACCCGCUGGAGGAGAUCCGGCCGAAGCCGGAAGAGAUCGACAAGUGCGAUCAUCUGAAGGAGAGACCUGAAGGAAUGUACCUGAGUCCCACGAGGAAGCCUAAGAGCCGCUCUUCGAAACCGACUAGUUUCUCGUCGUCCUCAUCAUCGUCGUCACUGUCGUCCAGUAAGCGGACGUCUCAAAGCACCGUCAGCGACGCCGCCGAGAUGAUCGACAUGAUCGAGAUCAUCGACAUCGACGCGAUGCAGAAGGCCGAGACGGAUGCGGACGCGGCGCCGGAGUGCAAGAUUCUGCCUGCUGCCGUCGCCGCCGGGACGCGCGCCAGGAAGUCCCGCAAGAGCAAGAAGUCGCAGGAAAGCGGCUCGAGCGAGUCAUUCACCUCGGCUCCUCUACCUCUGUUGUGCUCGUCCAAGGUGAAAAUGGCGGAGCUGCAGGAAGCUGUGCAAGAGGAGCCGCUCGUGGACUUUACCAACAAUCAGGAGUCGAAAGCGCAGGUUGCCUCUUCGGCGGAGAUAUCCUGGAGCUCGAUCGUCAAGAAGAGCAUCUCCUCUUCCUUGGAGUCGCAGGAGGCGCGCAAGGAAAUGGAUCUCGAGCCGUUGAUAGAAGUCGAGGAGAAACAGGACGAUGCGAGGAAGUUCGAUGAAGCGGAAUCCCGCGACGAAGACGAUUCCUCGUCCGUCGGAUCGCAACGACGGGCCUCUAAAGCUAAAGAAGAGGAGGAGCGACUCUCGAGCGAGAAGGAUAAUGUCGACGAGACAACAACGACGACGACGACGACGAUGACGACGACGACGAUGACGACGACGACGACGACGACGACGACAACGACGACGGUGGCGGCGAUGGAGGACAGUUUUCUCAUAGACCUUCCCACACCGAUAGUAGACGAAGAACCUCGCGUGGACGAAGAUAUCGCGGCUGUCGUGAGCGUAACGGCACGCGCCAGGAAGAUCCGCCAGAGCGAGGAGGAUAACGUGACGAUGGAAAAGAGUUCUCUCGUCACCACGGAAGUACGAUCCGUCGUCGUCGACGAGACACGUCGAGGUAACGUGGCAGCCGUGAGGAGAGAAUCGCAAAGGGAAUCUUCUUUGCAGCUCCAGCCGCAGCGGCAGGUGGAGAGCGGCGACGGCGGCGGCAGCGGCGGCCUCGCGGAGUCCGAGCGGCACGAUUCGUCGAUCGCGAAGAAGGAGAACCCGGGAUCCGAACUCGUCGAGACCACCGGCGGCCGACGGAACGAGGCGCCGAACGAGUCACAGUCGAAGAAGACGCUGGAGGAGGCCGCUGCGAGGAAAGCGAACAACCGAUCCAAGAGGAAAAAGCGUAGAUGAGUAGAGGAUUGCUGCGUGGACGUGCCUAGGGCCAGUCUCGCCCUUUAUAUACUCCUAAUGCAAGUAGCGGGGGUAGAUUAGCGUUCGUGUUUACCUGAAUACUAGGGGAAUCGUCAGAGUACAGAGUUUAAAACUGUGACUGUGCGCGCGACGAUGAAAUGCCACCCCCGCGUUUAGCGGCGCGAUCGACGUGCGUUUUGUUACGUAGACGGCGGCCACCCCUUUCUCCGUAUUUUCUGUUUCUAUUUCUCCUUCACUUCUUCGUUUCCGAUAAUUCUGUCAUUGCUCGAUACCUCAUAUUGCAUAUAUAUAUAAUUCCAAUUGGUUGUAAAUUCUAAAGCUGAUCGUAUUCUUUUUGGCUCUUUUUAAGACAGAGUGUCUACUACGUGGCAUCUAAUUAACAAUUUGAAUUAAUUAUCGAAUAAUUUGUAGUCAUACUUUAAAAGAUUGUUUUAAGAUCUGUCCGAAUUUGGCGAUUAUUUCUGGAACUUGUUCAAAUUUAAUAUUCUAAUUUUAAGGAACAUUGCUCUUUUCCAAUUUUGAUGACAUACUUGAGGUGACGAAUGAGUAAGAUUCACACAUUCGUAUACAAUAAAUUCACGGUUUUAAAUUUGCAUUCUCUGAAUAAUUUUGCUUUGAACGAAAAAGAUGUUCGGAAAAGUCAAGAAAUUCUCAAACAAUAUAAUGUUAAUAGACGCCCUACGAGAGCCGUCUUCUCCCCCCGAUUAUCUCGAUUUGACAAACUUAUUAUUACGGAAUAAAGGAGAUGUGUCCUGUCUUAUUAGUUCUGACGUUAGAAUAUUAUUAGAUAUUUCGUCGUUGGCUCUAAUGGGGUUUGGAACUAACGACGAAGCUCUCGAAACAAGAACGCUUCAUUUGGCGAUUUGGCAUCCGAUUUGGCAACUCCCGCGUAGCAAUUUCAAUUCAACUGCCUUAGGAUUGUAGAAAGUAAUAAGUUCGAAUUAUAUUCGCGCGGUGCAAACAGCGAGACGACAAAUGCGUGUUAUCUAUCUAUCGCUGCCCACUGUCGGUGAUUCAAUCAUACGGUGCAAUUUAACGAUAUCGACGAACGAUCGGCCGUCAGGUGUUCAUUCGCAGGCAGCCGAUCUCCCGGCUGGCCCUCACGAUCAUUGUCCGGUUAUGCGGUGGAUCAUAUUUCUUCGUUGUAGUACAAAGUGUCUUCGUCGAAUUCAUCCAGCUUUAUCAUACACACAUACACACACACACAUACACACACAAAUACAUCUUACUGCCACUGAGAUUACGCUUUUGAUCGAUCGAUAGUCUGCUGUUCUCUUGUUUCACUGAAUUAUACUCGUCAUUGACGCAGUAAUCCUGAUUGCUUAUUAAGCUGUAUAUAUCAUUUGUGCACAUUUGUAUAAUAUCUAUUUAUUUUCGAGGUGAUUUCGGAUCGACUCUCUAUCAUCGAUCACUCGUGUGUGCUGUUUCUAAUAAAUAUUCUUCGAUAAUUUGUCGAAUGAUAAUAAACGAAGGAAGAGCGGUGGAAAAUCCGCCUUGCGGCACGCGGACACUAGGUCCGUCGUGCUCCUGUUGACGCGAGAAGAAAUUUUCUUUCAUCUCGAGCUUCUGAGUGUUUAUUGAAAAAGCGUAGAGAUAUCCUUAAUACAGAGUAGCAUGUUAAAAAUCGACAUUGUGUGCGAUCGGCAAUGAAAAUAUGCGAGAACGAUUUCGUGAUUUUUUUAUCUUACGUUGUCACAAACAUCCAUCUGCUGACGCUUGUACAUUGUGCAUUGCGUUUCGAUGGUUUUUCUUUGAAAUUUUUAAUAUAAAGCUAAUUGGAAAACCAAAUGUAGAAUGGUUGAUGCGCGGACAAAUUUUUUAAAUAUUUUUUUGAUACUUUUUGGAAAAUAUUUUGUGAUACUUUUUUUUAAUAGUACAUGUGAA